UGGGUUAGCCUCGUACCCAGGCCGAUUUUGAUUGGAUCAGAGUAAAGGGUUAGAGUUCUGGAGGUGUAGAUCGUUACAUGUUACAAUGUACAUGAAACGCCCCUAGAUAUAGAUAUUCUAUACCUACAAGAAAAUGCAAGCAAUCAAAACCUUUUUUUCACACACUCAUCAUGAUCAAGUACCAGUUCAUGAGCUGGAUAACAUUGAGGAAUUGACUAAGAGAGUUAAAGAUUCUUCAUUUGAAGCCAAUGCUACGAAUGAGCACGAUGAAACUCCUCUUCACUUGCUUGUGAAGCGGCCAUUCACACAGGACAAGCUACAACUGAAAAUGGAGUUAAUCAUCUCAAUGCUCACAUACAGUCGAGCAGACAUGAAUAUUCCUGACAACUCUGGAAACUCUCCUCUUCACAGUGCUGUUAAGGCUGGUGAGCUGGGUACAGUUAAAGUAUUGGUUGCAUUCAAUGCUGAUGUGAACCAAUUAAACACGGACGGAGAGACUCCACUUGACUUAGUCACUCGCCUGCAAACACCUGUUGAUUCGAACCUAGUCACUUUUUUGGAAUCAUCAGGAGCAAAGCACAGCGAUAAUUUGAAAGCAUCUGGCUUUGAUUUCUCCAAAUUAGAGUGCUCUGCUGUUGAAUCUCAAGACAUAAUUGCUGAAGCUGUAUCUAGAACGGCAGUUGAUCUACGGCAAAAAACACAAGAAAUUCUAUCCAAUGAUCAAGAUAAUUCCAACGGUAGAGAACUAGCUUCGCUUGUUGCUAAGGUGGAUCAGCUGAAGAAGGGAGGUGGGCGAGUUCUGUGUUUGGACGGGGGUGGAAUCAGGGGAUUAAUUCAAAUUGAAAUUCUCAGCCAGUUGGAGAGGGAGACGGGGAAAAAGGUGACGGAGCUGUUUGAUUGGAUAAUAGGCACCUCAACGGGUGGUGUUGUGGCUAUCAGUGUUAUCUAUCCCAAGUUAACGCUCUAUGAGCUCAGACAGUUCUACUUCCAGGCCCGGUACGAGGUUUUUGGCACAGGGAAACAUGGCAUGGCCUACAAUACUGAUGCUCUGAUUGACAUAUACAGAACCAAUAUGGCUGGCUACUCUAUGAACGACGUCAAGAUACCCAGGAUUCUUGUAAGCGCGGUGGACAAAAGCAGUUCCAAUCUGAAGGUUCGAUUCUUUAACAACUGUUUUGACGAUGAAUACUCAACUCAGGAGGCCUGGAAAGUAGCCCGGUACACUUCAGCUGCUCCCAUCUUGUUCAAGGAGAUGGAUGACUUCGUGGAUGGUGGAGUGCUGGCACAUAAUCCGAGCAUUCUCGGAAUCUCUCGGAUUCAAGAGCACUAUUCCAAGAGAGGGGAGAUGCUUCCCAUAUCAAUGAUUGUGUCUAUAGGUACCGGAAUACCACCGGAUAGAGAGUUAGGGAAUAUUGAUGCACAAAACUAUCUGUCCUUUGGUAAAAAAUGGUUUGAAGGUGCUGUAAAGGAAACAAUUGGAAACUUGGGCACAGUUCUUGGAAAUGCUAUCGUUGAUACCCAGGUUGCCCACAUAUCUACCUCAACAGUUUGCGCUGGGUUCGAGGUUCCCUACUUUCGUUUUGACCCACCUUUGUCAAAAGUUGUAUCAACGGGUGAGACUGAUCUCAACUCCCUCUUAGAUAUGAUGCUCGUCACCAAGACAACGAGUGGCAAUUGGACGCAAGAGGUUGUGGAACAGCUGCACAAGUGCGUAGAGGCAAGAGCUGACUUUUUGGAAUCUUUAUAGCAAAUAAAGACUGUUAUAAAUGUAGCAUUCGAGUGUAAAAAUUAACCAACAGUUAUACUGUAAAUUUAUAGUGACAAUACUAUAUGCAUGCAAUAGCUACAACGUACCAUGCAUGUUAGAUCUAUAUUUUAUAUUGACAAAACGUUAUACACCCUCAGUUAGGCCCUGA